GGCGCGCUCCCGCUCAGUCGGCGGAAAAUCAGUUUAAAAGAUGGCGGAGGGCGCGACGUCCCUGAAGGGGCUGCGAGCGCAAAUGGUUGCUGCAGCCGAAGCCCAAGCCGAGGAGAGGCGAGGCCAAACUGGAACCAGUCCUCUUCCGGCAGCAUCACCUGCAGGAAGCAACACAAGGACAGGCGCCAGGCCGGUACUCGAUGGAGCAACACUAAGGAUAGACGACAGGCUGAGGGUGGCUAAGGAGAGACGGGAGGAACAGCACAAGCAACACGCUGCUAGAGAAACCCAAAUACUUGAACGAGAGAAAAAGGCAAAGUUGCUGUAUGAGAAACAGAUGGAGGAGCGACAGAGAAAGCUGGAAGAACAGCGGAAGAAGGAGGAGCAGCGGAGGUCUGCAGUGGAGGAAAAGAGAAAGCAGAAAAUGGUGGCGGAGAAGGAGCACUACGAAGCAGUGAUGCUGCGCAGUUUGGAACGCAGCCAGCGACUGGAGCAGAGGCAGAAGAGAUGGUCCUGGGGUGGAGCUGUGCCUGUGGAAUCUGAGACUAAAACUGGUGAUCAAGGAACAGACCCGUCACAUCCUGUAGAUUUAAUUGACUCUUCCUCUCCUGCAGAGCCUCAGACCGUGCAAGAAGUUGACAAACGCUCUGCAUCCACAAUGAACCUGAAACAGGCAGAUUCUGUUAUCAACAAACGCCUUUCCACAUCGUCUGCUACCCUCAUGAAUUCCCCCGACAAAAGUGUCCAAAGGAGGAGUUCUUCCCUUAACAGAUUGGCUAAUAAGGCCACCCAACCCCCUAAGGAGCCCCAAAAACUAUCUCAGAGGGAGCAGACAGGCUCUGUCCCGAAGAAGAGGAGCUCUUCAUUAAGUAGACUGGGAAGUAAAUCCCAGGCCCCUCCAAUGCUAGAGAAAGGGACAAAGGAGGAAGAACAAGCUCGUCGUUCUCACGCCAGUCCCCUGGAUAGCAGUUUCAUCAGUCGCCUGCUCACUCCCACACAGGCCUCCUUAGCUAGGAGCAAGAGUACAGCUGCCUUGUCGGCAGAAGGAUCAGUUUCCCCAGAGUCUCACCUCUGUCCUCGUUCAGCCUCUGCCAGCUCCAUUCACCCCCCCAAAGGACCCCUGCGCAGCCGUAGCAUCGACCGGAAGAAAGGAGGACCCCCCUCCACAGCCUCAUCCGAUGGAGUCCCUGAGAACAUGCAGAAACCAGAAAAGCAAAGGCGUCCUCCUUCUCCAGCAGGGAAGAGGCCCCCCUCCCCUUCCAACCUGCCAGGGCAGCGCCGAUCUCCCUCUCCAUCCACAGCCAAGAGACCCCCCUCUCCUUCCACAGCCAAGUCAAGCCCCCGGAAUCGUCCCCCGUCCCCCAGUGGGGUGAAGCAGCGCCCCUCUUCUCCGCAGCCUGCUGUGAAGCCAGUCCCCAUCCAGCGUCCCGCUCUAACCCCCACAGGACCCCCCACCCUCCGGAAGAGAGAGCCCAAACCAAAGGAGAGCCCUGCAGUGGCACCCGAGUCUCCCCAGACCCCUGAGCCUGCAGUGGCUGCCAGCAGCAAGACCAAAGAGGCUUGUUGUCUAGAUCCAAGCACCAAAAAUAUUGCAGGGACCACGUCUGCUGAAGAGGCAGCUAAAAUUCUGUCUGAGAAUCGUCGCCUGGCUCGAGAGCAGAAAGAACGAGAGGAGCUGGAGAGGGUGCAGAGGCAAGAGGAGGAGAGGAUAAGGAAAGAGGAGCAGCAGCUGCAUGAGGAGGAGGAGAGGGUCAGACGGGAGGAAGAGCAGCGCAGACUGGAGGAGGAGAGGAAGAAGGAGGAGGAAGAGCGAGAGCGCUUGGUGGAAGAGGAGAGAGCCAGGCUUGCGAUAGAGGAGCUGGAGAAGCAGGCUGAGCUGCAGCUGCAGAGAGAAGAAGCUGAUGCCCUUGCUCUGAAGGAGGCUGAGAAACAGAGGCUGGAAAGAGAGAGGGUAAUGCAGAAGAACCAGCUGGAGCGUAUUGCGAGGAAGAAGAGGAUUGAAGAAAUAAUGAAGAGAACAAGAAAGGGGGAGCAAAACGAUUCAAAGAGAGAUGAGAAGUCUGAUAACCAGGGCUCUGAUGAUAAUGAUGAGGAGGACAAGAUGUCAAAUCCUGAGAGUGAUGACAAGGAUGGAGAGGAGAACGAGACAGAUGACUUUGAAGAAACAGACGCCCCUGAGGAAAGAGAGACUAAAGUUGUGAGCAUGCCAACAGAAUUGGAGACUGAAACUCGGGGUCACCCUGAAGCAGAGGGUGUGACUCAAGAUAAGGAGGCUAUAUCUGAAGUGGGAAAGGGAACCCCAGAGGAACCAGAAGUGAAGGUUGUAUCUCCUGAUGAGCGUGUGGUGACGGGAAGUGUGAAUGGAGGGAUGGAGGUUGAAGACAAAGAGAACAACAAUGGGAGAUAUUUAGAGACUGUCCAGCCUGUAGCAGUCAGCCUAACCCCCAAAUCCAUGCUGGUGGAAUCCUCCGAAUUCCUGCAUGUGAACGAGGAUGACAAAGUGGGACGUUUGCCGAACCUGAACGGGAAGUCAGGCUCUUGGACCUUUGAGGAACUGAUAGAUCUUGGAGUUCAUUCCAAGACGGCUGUAAUAACUGUAGACAGCAUGAACCAAAACCUAAUCGACAUUGCAGGCAUUCCUGAGGGCCCCAAAGUCGCUUUUGAAGAUAAGACUGUGAUGGCGAUGAGCAAGCCUAUGGAAGCUGUGUCAGAAAUGUAAUUGCUGCUGGCCCGGAAGGUCUGUGAUCGUUGCACUCCAAGAAUCCUGUCUCUUACUAAGUGCUGGAGAGCUUUAAUAGGAAAAAACUAAAAAAGAUGCUGCUUUGAGGAAGAGAGUGAGAGAGAGAGAUAACCUGGUUGCAUCAAGAUUGAAACCAUGGACCGCGUUGAAGAGCAGGAAUGCGGAUUGCUCAUUUUGCACCUCAAUAUACAUAUGAAAUAUGCUUCAGGGAAUUCAUUCCUUUACUGUCCUGUGCUGCUUUCUCUUAGAUUUCACCUUAGUGUGAUUUUUCUUUUUUUUUUUCAUGGGGAGCAGGGGGUUUCAUAAUUUAUUCAGCCAGUUUCCUAACGUACAUUUAUUGGUUUUAGUCCAUACAAUGUGUACAGUAAUAUUCUCUCGAUUUUUGCAGUAAAAAAUAGACGUGGAUGUGUGGUCGAGAACAGCAAAAACAAGACUUUAAAAAAUAAAUAAAUAAAUAAAUAAAUUCUCCUUUUUUAGAUAUUUUUGGUUUUAUUGGCCAGUUUUCCUCCAUUACUAUCCCCAAACCUAAGUGCUCCCCAGCCUCGCACCACUGCCUAAAAAACUCCCCAGGGAAAAGUGGGCUAUUAGCUUAAAAAGGCUUCCCCGCAUGCGCUCUGUUAGUGCCUGUUUCUGGAAAGUCUUAAGUGGUGAUCUGGAAGGGGUAAUUUCCGGGUGCCUAAACCCAGUGUGUGUUCUAAAUAGUGUCUGGAGGCUAUGGCUAUUGGAUAUGUUGCCUUGCUGAUAUAAAGAUUUACAUUUCGUUUUUAUUGGAUGUGUUCAGGAGACGGGCCGCUGCAUCUUGUUUAGUAAAUUGUUGCAAAUACAUUACUGGCUGCCACAGAGUGAAUGCAUCUUAGCCCUGCCAGAGGCCAAUGACUUGUGCUUAGAGCUGUGAGGUCUGCUGUCUUCAGCCGUGGGAUGUUGCCAUGUCUUGGUGUUUUAGGUUGAAUGUCUUGUAUGCUGUACAGUGAUAGCAAAAGUUGACUAAGGCAUUUCACAGAAAAGAUGGGUAGGUAGGAUCUGCCUUCGGGCACUGCUAGAGUGUAAACUCUGAAGGUUAAAAGGGCAACCAAGAAACACAUGCUGUCAAUGUUUCUGUCCUGGACCAGCUGUAGUGUUUUUUUUCUUCUUUAAAAUUACGUGAAGAAAUGUCUUGUUGUUUCUCUUGGUAAGCUUAGCAGCUGGUGAUACGCUGCAUGAUUUGGAGCUCUUUUCAAGCUUUUUGGUAGAACAGUACUUCAGUGUUAGUAUUGCAUACAGUCUUGUAGUAAUUGUACACUUUGCACAGGCAGGGGAUCCCGUGUUUCCCAAAGUUCAGCGUCUGGAGCUAGUAAUGAGAGAGGGUUUCUGAAGGGCCACAAACACACACAGGAGCCCCUAGGGGCUGAGCUUCAAAUGUCGGUGGCCUGUUUUGAAUGAAAGGUUAAUUGGUGUUGUAUGUGUAAGUCUUUUCAAUGUUAUGUUCUUUUAAGUAGUGCUAUUGCAAUAUUACUGCACUAAUAAAGACUAGGAUAAACUCAGUACUGUGGCGCUUACCAUUUAAAUACUGACUUAUUUUUAAAUAAAUAUAAUUUUGUUUAGCAUUUAUAUGUAUAAGUAUAUUUCUACAUAUUUUCCGUGUGUGUGUGUGUUAUUGUAUUGUGUGUACAUAAACAGUAUUAGGCCAUGAAGCCAUUUUGUUGCUGGUGAUACUGAAUCUUUAACUGCUUUCUUGAUUCUUCAUAGUCCUGUUUCAUUUCAGAUUCGCUUUGUUGGACUUGAAUCUUUUUGUUUUGUUACUUAAUUGUUCAAGAAAAAACAGGUCAAUUGUACUUUAAUAGACUAUUUUGUAUGUAAUCGUGUGUUUGCAUGGGUUCAAAAAAUAUAAAAUACUGCAAGUUCUUGAAUAAAAAUUGCUUAAUGCUCUGGCUUGCGUAAUUCCAGCUGGUUACUGCUUGCAAUACCGCUUGUGAAGUUUCUGUGUCUGCAGCAAGAAAUAUAUGGAUCAAGCCAACACUGCUGUGAGAUUUAUUUAUAUUGAUGCCGUAAAACAGUGCAGAUUUAAAACAUUUUCAGUCCCUUUUGUGAAAGAAAAAAAGCCCUGGUUGCAAGGGUUAAUCAAGUACUGGAAUUCAGAUCCUGGUGUAGGACUGGUGCCUCCCAUCCCCAUUCUCUUACAGGAGAACAAUUUGAAUGAAUGGCUAACUGGUAAUGCCUAAAAUACCAUUUUUUUCCAUGUCCUCUCCCAUCUGUUUGUUUCUGAGUUGAGCUUACACUCCUGGGCAUACCCAUUAUCUCUGAGCAGAUCUGUAGUGUCCAAGCAACUAGUUCUGCAGAGUUUCUGUAAUGUAGGAUACAGCCUAGGAACUUUGGGGCAACUGGCCUGCUGCCUCAGAGCGCUGCUGGUACUUCUGUGCAUCUCGAUUUAAACUUGUUGCAUGCAUUAACCUAUUACUAAAAUAGCCCUACAUCUGGCUAAAUAGCUUAUGUACAACCUUUGUACUUUAGAUGCCUUACUACAUGAGUUAAUGACUUGUCUGUUCUUUUGGGAAGCCAUUUGUAUAUAAUGCAAUACUAAAAUAUGAAAGUUGUCAACAUUGUUUUCAACCAUAGGGAUGAAUGCGCCCCUUUUCCCCUCCUGAGAAUGUAAUGCUUACAGAAAAAUCCAUGUAUUGCAGUCUUGUUAAAGUGUUUGUAUCCUUACCCCGACCCCACUACUGACUAAACAUUGCUUUAUUUUACCAGAUCGCUUCUGCAUAAUCUGCUGUGAAGAAUUCGGUUCAUACUUCAAAAAAAUUAUAUAUGUAUAAACUUGACUAAGUUUGUUUAUUUUGUUUUGUGUGCUUUUCAAUGUUAAAUAAAAUCCUCAGACAGGAGAGACGCUGCUUAUAAAAGCACAGAUUUGUCUCGUUGGAAACCCUUUUUGU